AUCCACCGCGUACCAUGUCGUGGUGCUUUGUUAACUCGGGUCCAUCUCUUAUUUCAAAAAUGUAUUUUCGAGAGCCUUCGAGCAGCGCAUCGAACAACUGAUUUUGGGGCAGCUACUCGACCAUUACAGUACCAUGACCUCCUCGACUGGGAUGACUUCGCGCUUCGAGUAUAGCAAUUCCCAUAUCCCUAUCAUCAAACCUUGCUGUGAUCCGUUCACUCCUUGCGACUUCACAGAAUAUGAAUUCAUGGCGCGCACCUACAUCCAGAGCAAUGAAGCUCUUCUUCUUUCAAAGCACGUUGCUUGUUUGUCGCUCGGUUUCAAGGAUCCACUUGUACGAGACUGGUUCAUGGCCGAUAUGACGCGUCUUUGCUCGUUGACGCUUACUAACUUCCUGUCUGAAUUACGGGCAGCGUUUCUUCCGAGAGACUGGGAUCGGAAGAUGAAGGAUUCCAUCUUGGCGACCUAUCAGGGAGUAGACGAACCCGUCAUCGUAAGGAUAACACGACUUCGUUCUAAGAACACCUUCCUCCGGAAUACGGCCCAUCAUCUCAGCAAUCACGAGCUCCUCGAACAUUUCAAAUCACACCUCAAUAAUCAUCUCUCCUCCAUACACCUACGCGACACUGAUGCUCCGAUGGAGGAUGACCUCAUGCAGUGGAUCCUUUUGAUCAGGUGUCUCGAGGAAACGGGUGAUGAUGCUGAUCGCGAUUCAGAGAGCGACAUAACGACUACCACGGCAGUACCCGCCACGCCAACUGAUCCACGUCUGCACAAACGUGACCCAGAUUUAUCACCAAAACGCGCGACGACCAGUCCUCCUCUUCCUCCCUCGCCCAUCCCUCGCACCAACAACGUGCCCAAAUCAUCGUCCCUGUCCUCACUCCCACCGCCACCCUCAUCCCCCACGCUCCUACUCAGAGUUCACAGUCGUUCAUUACCGGAUCGACCCAAGUUUGAUCCAUAUCCGAGCCUUCCGUCGCUUACGAAUGAACAGAGGCACUUUUUGCGGAGUCGGCAGGGAUGCUUUCGGUGUAGAAGGAUAGGUGUUCGACAUGCAGGAGGAGAAUGUCAUGGGGAGCCUAAUCCAGCGAGUCAUCGUGGUAUCAUGCUCCCGGAUGGUUUAGGCCUCGCGAGGGACGCACCUAGACAACGCCAUUCGGAAGGCGGGUCUCCAACGCUGGCGUACCCGGAUGAUGGUCACGACGAUAGAAGGAGGAAGUACGGGACGGGGUAAUUAGAUCUUUAAUAUUUCUUGUUGAGGAAAACCGGUCACCAUUCCAGUCUCAUUUUCAUCUGAUCCGCAUAUUUUAUUCGGAUAUGGAGAUUUUAACGCAAUCCAUACCAUACCUGCCAAUACUGAAGAUUCGUAUCCUUCUGCGCGGCUCUGGGAUUGGAAGAGCAUUGAUGAUCUAGUUAGUAUUAUUUCCCGUGUUGUUACACAGUAAUAAAGGC